AUGUCUAUUCUGGAAAUUUUGGGAGCUUCCAUCACUCAAAUGGGAAAAAUUCCUGACCACGUGGCCAUCAUUCUUGACGGAAAUCGGCGCUAUUCUAGAAGCCUAGGGUUACCUGUAGAAGUUGGACACAAGAUUGGGGUUUCUCUGAUCCACAAGUUGCUCCAGUGGCAGAGGACCCUUCACAUAAAAGAGAUUACAGCAUAUCUCUUCUCCAUCGAAAAUUUUAAGCGGUCCAAAGCGGAAGUAGAAAACCUGAUGGAGCUUGUCUUCCUAACGUGUACCUACUUCAUGCAAGAAAUAGACGCUGGAAAUAAUACGGACAUGUGCAUUCAAAUCAUUGGAAAUUGGGAAGGUCUCCUUCCAGUCAAACUGCAACAUCGAAUCGCUCACAUGAUGGUGAAGACGAGACAUUUGGAACCUUAUCGAUUCAAUAUAGCUGUCGCAUAUACGGGGCGAAACGCAAUUUUGCAGAGUUUAAACGCCUUCUCCGGGUCCAAAGAUGAAAUAACGGGCAAUCUUCGGGGCUGCGAAUGCAGCGAAUACCUUAUCGCGCAGGCCCAGCAUCUCGUCGAUAUGAGCCCGGUUGAUAUGCUCAUUCGAACUGGGGGCAAUCUGCGACUCUCGGACUUCAUGAUGUGGGAGACUAGCCAGGCUUAUAUCCACUUCGUGCCGGAAACAUGGCCCGAGUUCAGCUUUUGGAAACUUGUCCACGCCAUAUUUUUGUACCAAGUGCACAGAAGAAGCGUCGAAAAGAUGCCGGAUAUUCCAAUCGAGUCAAAAGAACGUAACAUUUUGGAAGAAGUUCGACAAUGUAGAUGGACCAGAAUUGAGCACCUCGCCCUAAAAGAUGUGGAAUACGACGGGGGAAAUUUAGAUUUUAAUCCGCCCUCCAAAUACAUUGAAACGGCUGAGAAGAUACUUCGGUUCUAA